AGUAUUCGAUUUGGGGCAUGUCAGCUGUGUGUUGUUUACGUUCUGAUUCUAUACUCCGUGGGCAUUCUAAAAGAAAUUCACAAUGCUUUUCGCAACGCAGCCACUAAAAAUUUGGAUUCGAAAUUUUAAAACAAAUUUAACACCAGUAAAAUUGGCCUAUAAUGUCUACGAAGGAACUAAUACGGACAAAACUUUACCACCAUUAAUCGUAAUGCAUGGACUUUUGGGUUCAAAACAAAAUUGGAGAGGAAUUUGUCGCGAAUUACAAACAAAAAUCAAACAGCGAAUUUACGCCGUCGAUGCGAGAAACCACGGCGAAAGCCCACAUAUCCACGCCCAUAGUUCGGCAAACUUGGCUGAAGAUGUGGCGGAAUUUAUACGUCAACAAGGUUACGCAAAAGCUUCAGUGAUGGGUCACAGCAUGGGUGGCAGAGCGAUGAUGUAUUUAGCUCUACAACAUCCCGAUUUAGUAGAACGUGGAAUUAUCAUUGACAUAUCACCGAUUUCAGUGCCACGUGGUAUUAGUGACAUGGAAAAUAUAUUGCUUGCCAUGAAAAAUAUAUCAGUACCAAAAGAAUUAUCUAUGGCACACGGACGAAGAAUGGCUGAAAAAGAGUUAAAAACUUCUAUAGAUCCCGAUACUGUUAGUUUUAUUAUACUUAACUUCAAAAAACGUAAAACUGGCGAAUUUUAUUGGGCAUGUAAUGUAGACGCAUUACUUCAUAAUUUACGAAAGUUUUCCGAAUUUAUGGAACAUAUAGAUCAGAAGCCAUUCACAAAACCAAUGCUUUUUGCCUGCGGAAAAGAUUCAGCGUUCAUGGAUCCUGGAAGCUGGCCAGAAAUUAAAAAAAUAUUUCCGAAUUCGGAGUUAGAUUGGCUUGACUCUGGUCAUAUGGUGCACAUUGAACAGCCCGUGAAGUUUGUGACUAUAGUUGGACAAUUUCUAAAUAAACCAAUUUAAAAACAAAA